GAACCUGGAAUCCGAUUGCUUCCCUCCCCAAUCCCAGUCGCGGAGAGUCAGUCGUUCUCGCUUGAGACGCGGUUCCCUUUCUCUCUCUCUCUCUCUUUCUCCCUUUCCCUCCUUCUGUUCAAGUAUUACUGUCAUUAAAAAUCGUUCGCGUCGCGAAGGAGGGGAGGGGGCCACGACCCCGGAACACUGCCAUCGAUCUGCGAUCCGUCCGCUUCGCGAGAAAGACGAAAAGGAGUAAAAAAAGAAGAGAUAAAAAAAAGGGAGAGAAAACAACCCGUGCGGCGCGCGUUAUAGGGGGUUGCCCUCGUCUGAUAAUACGUUGCGGGGUCCACCAGCGCGACGAAAGCCAUUGACCCCCGAGCCUGUUAAUCAACCCUUCUCCCCACCAUCUACGAGACUUCACGAUCGUCGCGCGGAACCCUCGGCACGACGCGCGUAUCUCGGUGCCUUUUGGUGAGAGAGAGUGCUAGAGGGUGGGUUGUAAUCUUCUAGCCGCUCCGCGUCCCUUUCGUGAGUCGCCGACGUCAAGAAAGUACCGAGAAGCAGACGAUGUCUCGUGCGCGUCAUCCGAAAAGGAGCGUGUCGUCGUCGCGUGUACGUCUUUGAAGGAAACGUCGCAAAGGAGAAACUUUCCCCUUGCCCUGACCGGUCGCCGCUGACUCGCGCGUGUUUCUCUCCACGGAUUCGUGAUUGCGGACUCGGAAGUGAAAUGAUUAUGUAUACAGUCGCCGAGGAUCACAUGGGUGACAACGAGAUCGCGCAGGUGAUCGCGUUUAUAUGCGGGAUCAUAGUGGUGCUGCUGAUGAUAAUGGGCUUGGCGUCGACCGACUGGCUGAUGGCCCUGGGAUGGAGACAGGGCUUGUUCGCCCACUGCAUCGAGGAAGGCGCCCCAACACCACUUCCCUUCAACAUGCCCGAUCCCCCGGGAUGCUACGCAGCCAGGGACAGCGCCUAUAUAAAGGCAGCUGCGGCUUUGUGUGUGGUGUGUCUUCUGACGGACAUCGCCGCGACGAUUCUCACUGGUUUGGGUUUGCGCACACAGGAUCACAGGGACAAACAUAAAUAUUAUAGAUUUGCAGUGUUCUGCAUGGGCAUUGCACUGGUGUCCCUCCUAAUAGCACUGAUCAUAUAUCCUAUAUGCUUUGCAGCAGAAUUGAAUCUCGGAAACCGAACCAAUUGGGAAUUCGGUUGGGCGUACGGCGUCGGUUGGGGCGCGGUGAUUUUCCUAGUUGGAGGAGCAGUAUUGCUGUUGUGUGAGAAGGAAAGUGAAGAGAUUUACUAUAAGGAAAAGAAAACAGUUCGUGAUGACAUAGGAAGUGGCGGUUCCAUGAUUGGCAUGGGACAUCACGCUGGACGAAGUGGAACGCAGCUAGCCUAGUGGCAUUGCUCCCUGCCCGAUGUUGUUCUCUAGGUGAUUCGUUUUUUCUUUUUCUGCUCUCACAGUUCAACACACGCGCAUACGAGAAGGUAUACAAGCCUAUGAAUGGGUUUUUGGUAGGGCGUUUUUGGCUAAACGUAAAAAAAAAUUACCCUACGGAUUCUUCGACCAAUCUAACUUGGAUACACAAAGUAUCAGCAGUUUAAAUUGAAUAAUCUUUUAUACAAAUAUAACAUAUAAAUAAGAUAAGAAAACUUUAAUUUCUUAUGAAGCUUCAAUAUAAUUGAAGUUUUAUUAUUAAGAUACUUAAUGGGAAGCGAAAUGGGUAAUUUCAUAAUUUAUCUAAAUUUUUAUACAGAAUUUUUGGUUUGUAUAUACAAAUCAGCAGUUGGAGAAAAUUAGGAAGCAGUUUGUAUUAGGUAAUGCUUUAUAUUUGUUUAAAAGCUAGUCCGCUUUUUGAAGAGAAUGAAUAAUUUACGAUAUUACAGUAACUUAAAACGUGUCCAUUGAUAUAAAGACCAAUUUUUCAUAAGAAAUAAUCGACUCGAAAAAUUGGUCGAAGAAUUCGUCGGUUUUCGUUGUCGUUCGGAAAUAUCUGAAGUAGAUAUAAUCUGUUUAUUAGAUGGGUGUGUAUUCGAGUUACUAUUAGUUUGAUGUAGGAUAACAUCUUGUUAAAGAAGUACGCAUUUCGAUCUUAUUUCUUAUUUAAGGGUCAAUUUUUAUACUGACAAUUUUUUGUUUCUUAUUUAAAGGUUAAUCUUUAUACUGACAAUUUCG